AUAACAGCAAUGGCCGAGUUUCAAAACGCACCGCUACAGGACAGGACCGACCAUUUGUCUGCAUGUUCUGGCAUGGUCUAAAGCAAAUGUCAAACGUGCUGAGAGUUAGGAUGUUUUUGUACAGCUUUACCAAAAGCCCGAAGAGUGACAGAACUGUGGACCUUUAAAGUUUUUUUUUUUUAUCAUAACAAUAUUUUCGGCUCGAAGCGAUGGCUCUAUCCCAGAUCCAGUGCCUGGAUGAUUACAACGUGAACCCGCGGAUUCACGAGUCCAAACCAGAGUUCUUCUACAGCGAGGAGCAGCGUCUCGCGCUGGAGGCGCUCCUCCACGAUGGUCGCGAGGCGUUUGGUAAAUACCUGGAGUCACGCGGCCUGCGGGGUUUCCUCUCCGACCUGGAGCAGGAGACGCUGACCGCCGCGCUGGAACCCUUUGACCCGGACUCGGAGCUUUUCCCGCGGGAUGCGGAGGACGAGUCGGAGCCGCUGUCGCUGCAGUAUUGGCCGGAGGUCUCAGACACCUCCAUCCCGCAGAUGGACCUGGGCUGGCCUGAGGGGAAUUCGUACAGGGGGGUGACGCGCACUUCAGUGUACACGCAGCCGCCGAUGGAGGGUCAGGCCCACAUCAAAGAGGUGGUCAGAAAAAUGAUCGCACAGGCGCAAAAAGUGAUAGCCGUGGUGAUGGAUGUCUUCACAGAUGUUGACAUCUUCAGAGAUCUGCUAGAUGCCGGGUUUAAGAGGAAGGUGUCUGUUUACAUCCUGCUGGAACGCACAAUGCUACCUCAUUUCCUGUCGAUGUGUCGGAGGGCCAACAUGCAUGCCGGGCACCUCAAGCAUCUUCGUGUGCGCUGCACAGAAGGCGCAGAGUUUUACACUCGGUACUGCACCAAGGUCAGAGGGCAAAUGGGGCACAGGUUCAUGUUCAUUGAUGGAGACAAAGCUGUGUCUGGCUCAUACAGUUUUACGUGGAUGUCCUCACGGCUGGAUAGAAACCUCAUCACCGUGAUCACAGGCCAGACUGUGGACGCCUUUGACCAACUGUUUCGCUUCCUGUACACGACUUCUAGUUUCGUUGACCUUUGUGAAAUCGCCACAGAGCCAGAACCUGAACCGGACACUCGACAUCAGGUUCUGGCUGUUUCUCCUCCUUCUGCUGCUAUUGCUAGAAAACUAUACAACCCCAAAUACGCCCUUGUUGCUUUAAGUAGCCCCAGUGCCGUGAACUCGAAUGGCAAAGAUAACCCUAACGAGCCUGACACUUCAGAGGAACCAAAAAAUAAGAUAAAGCGAAAGAGAGUAAGUGAAGAUCUCCCACAGGAUGCUCCUCCUCUCCAUCCGGGACUAAUAAAUCUAGAGAAAGCCUAUUUAAUCCCAUACCUGCCAACCUGGCCAGAGCCGGAUCCAACAAGCGAUGUGAUAGGAUUCAUCAAUAUUCGGGAUAAUAAAAAAGCAUCUCAGGUUCAUCUGCAACGCUCUGAGAUGUUUGAAACCAGCCAAGCAAUCAAGUUUAGCAGUCCAUUCAGCAAGCCACAGGAAAAAUUGCCAGAUGUCGCAAAGCCAAGAAAACUAACUGCACACACCGAAUCCAAGCCUGAGGAUUUGUUGGUAGAUGGAGCACAACCGGAACAAAAAAGUGUAGGUCUUGUUGACAACAAUAAUAAAGAAAUAGCACUUGAACAAAGAUCUCCUUUGUACAGACAAAAGUCAAACUCUGACAAGGACAAAGCUAAAGUUCUCCAAAAAGAGAACAGACUAUGUUCAAACACAGCCACAAAUCCAGAUUCAGGACCGCUUUACAUUAGUCCACAAGUACUACCUCAAUCUAGCAUUAAAGUGAUCACACCUAAAUACGAACAAACUUCAAAUGAAUCCCAAACUAUCUCCACGACCAAGUUGUCAGAGCCCCUCAAAGAAUCUAAAUCUGUAACAGAACCUGAAAUCCUGACUGUUUUAAAAAUACAAAGUAGCUCUGAGGAUCGAACACCCACCCUGGAGUCAAAUACCACACAAAAAUCUCAACUGCACAAACCAAGUCAAUUAAAUUCAGAAGACGUAGAAGAAAAGACUGCUGUAUCACAACAAGAUUCACACACUAAUACUGUUAAAGUGCAGCAUAAAAUCUCUCCUGUAGAGACUCGUAACGUCCAAUACCCAGGUGGACCAAGGCACAAUGCUGCCUAUUCUGCUUCUCCCAUGCAGUCUGAAAGUUCUUGUAAUUAUCUCCCUUCUGCCAGCUUGCCUUCUACCAUUUCUCUGCCUACCUCUUCCUUUCCAGCAUUACCUUUACUCCCAUCCUCUGCAUCUUCUUUUAAAAGUUCUGUGUCUCCAGACUCUAAACCUCAUACUGAGCAACCCUCUAAACAAGAUAGCAUCAGUAGCAGUAGCAAGACAAUGCCAGACAUCUCUAAUGUCGAGAGGUCUGAGACCACUUUAGGACCACAUAUUGUCGAUGAAUUGUCAACUCUAGCAGGUGUGGCAGAAACAUCUCCAAAACAAAUCCUUGACGGUGUCUCACAACUGCGAAUGAACAGUGUUAGUAAGACAGGAGGUCAGAAGCACAGAGAGAAUGCAAUUAUUCCUAAAGAUGUCGACCAGGAAAGAGAGACUGUCACUUCCCAGGAGUCAAAGGGGAAGGAAGCUGACGGAAAACAAAAGGCCACAACCGAAGAGCAGGCCAUCGCUCGCAUCCAACCAGAAACACAGUCAGAUGUUUCGAUGAAAGAUCCACCAAAGACCGCCAUUUUGAAUAAUGAUGAAAUAAUACCUAAAAAUGUUGAUUCAAAGACGCAGAGGGAUUUUAUAACCAAAGCAACGACAGACACCAAGACCUCAGAUAAAAACCUGACCAACCUGGAAUUUGCCAAAGUGACAAACGGGACUCAAACGUACCUUGCAAGAUGCCACGAACCUCAAAUAAUAUCAUAUAGUAACUUUACAUUACAAGAUAUAAAUGUGCCAAAAGCUUCUGACUCUAUAACAGCUUCAACAAACUGCAUAUCACAUAACACUCAUGUACCCAAAGACAAGCAUAAUGAAAGUGUAAAGAGCUCUGCAAAUGCACUGAGUCAGCCAGGUAAACAAGCACAGUUCCCAUCAGUAGACUGCACAGACAUCGCAUUAAACUCCAUGAAACAACACACACACAACACCCUUCAAGAGCAAGCUUGCGAAACACAAGCAGCUGCACACACCUCCAGAAAAACGCUUAAUUUACACCUGUCUAAUGUGCAAGGGACAGAUUUGAGUUUGCAAACUACCAAACAAGAAUCACAGAUGCCUGCAGCUGUCGUACAGACUCAAAUUCAAAAAGUAUUUCCUCAAACUCCACCUACCCCAGAUGCACAAACAACCUCACCAGACCCAGGAACACCCACACCUGAUGGCUACUUUUCACCAGGAGAGGACUCGGCUCUUUCCACCACCUCUGAAGAAUACUUUGAAUGCAAUGAAUCUCCUUCACAUGAACCUGUUCUUGACGCCAGUGAUUAUCGCAACCAUGGGAUUAGAGAGAGUUAUAGCCCAACAUACUCAGACAGUCCCUUUUCAAAAAAUAUUGGCACUUGUCCUGCAAGCCUGAAUAAGACUUCCUAGUGUUGCAGCAUUAUCCAGUGCUAGCCCAAGUACUUCUUCCAGUGAAUCCAGUACUGUAGCUUGGACCUGUGGAGAUCCCUCUGCCUUUUUAGUUGGGGAAAAAGGACAAAACAGAGGGUCAAAGGUCACAGAUAAAAGAAAUGGCAAAGAAGAGGCUAAAGCUGAGGUGAAAAGUAGCAACAUAGAGAAAAAGAAGGCACAAGAGUACCAGAGCAAGGAGGGGAAGCACAAUGAGGAGUUGAAUAGAAUGCCUGUCCCUUUAAAAAAUGGUAGUGAUUUAAAAGAAAUGGCCCUAAAACCCAGCAAGGCCUCUGGGAGGCUGGUCGACGGAGGAAUGACAGAAGGCCAAUCAAUGCAGAAACAGCCAAAGCGGUCGUCCAACGGGGAUCUUAAACCAGAAAGGGUUUUGUCUGAGGGAAACAAAGAAUCUUCUGGCAAGGCAAAGCCACUGAACCCGUCUGCACUAACCCCCAGCAAUAUGGAGACAAGACAGAGGCAGUCUACAAGGGACACAACAGCACAGAAGCCUUUGCAUCCAUCACCCAAAUCUCAGCGCCGUCAGCAGCCUACCAGUAGAGGUUCUUCCCCUUCCCGGCCACUGAGGUCCCCUAGAUCCCCUUCAGGCACCCAAGUUCAGGAGCUCCAUUCUUCGGGAAACCGUGAUCUCAACCAGACAGAAAGCCGGACCCUUCAAAGCAAUCGCAAAGUAUCAGAGAACAAACCACCUCCUCGUAGAUCACAAUCCAGAUCCCCCUCUCCGCUGAAAGCACUUCCUACUGGCUCUGCAUCUGGGCGAAAGCAGGUUUCCCAGAGCCAGCCGCACCUGCGCGCUCGGCAGCCUCCAGCAGCACAGAUUCGGUCAAAAACCGACCCGCCACAAAGCCAGACUACAAAGCCACAGGCCUCCAGUCUCCACAUGCUGUCCAACCCGCAGCCUCAGGUCCGCCACCAUGCCUCUACUGAAAAGGUUUCUGAACAGGCAGCUCAUGAACUGGAAGAAGCAAGGGUUCCUUUUAACUUACCUUUCGGCAGGUUAUAUAGCUUUAAAGGACUAAAGGACAAAUGGACCAAGCUACCAACUCAGGGCAGGUCAAGCAGCACUGGCACACCGGUAAAAGAACGUAAAAGCACAAGCUAGUUCAUCCAUCACUCCGUUAUCAUCUUUUAUGUUAUUGAAGCAUCUGACCACAGAAUAAAACAAAAACUACAAGUCCAUGCUGAAAACGACAUCUAAGGGGGUGUUUUGGUUUUCUAUUAUUUCAUAAAAUCUCAGGAUGCUUGUUUUUACACAUCUUUUGAAAAAGUUAUAUUUGCACAGUAUGCUGUUGUUACAUGAUACAUAUAAGAGAUAUGACUUAUGAGUGAAUGGUAAAAUUGCUUUGAAAUCACCUAUUCCACUCUUUCAUUUUGUUUCAUACGUUGUUUGGUAUGAAUUUAGGUUUGCUGCUCUGUUUGUGUUUUACUGCAUACAUAACAAGGUUGUAUGAUGAAUGACUUUUUUUAAACUGAGCAUUAAUGUGAAGUACAGUAGUAUUUUUCUACAUGGAAAUGUGAUGAAAAUAACAAAGUGCCUCUUCCGGCCGUAGUAAAUAGUGCUUUUUUGAUCCUAAAGACCAAGAAAUUUUAUAGGGUUUUUUUCAGUUUUUCUAAGUCUCUGUUUAAAAAAAAAAAGGUUUUGCAAAAAGAAAAUUUUGGAACACAACACAGGAUGUUCUAUUGUGUUUCCGACACGUUGUAGCUACUGUCGUGACUGCUUUGUAUUCAUUCAGUGUGUCGUCAAGCCUAUUGAUUUAUUCUUUGUUUACACCAAAAACCAUUUACAUUCAAAUUCUUUCGGCCAGAAACACAAAGUCACAACGCCUUCGCCCAAAGCUAAGCACGAACUGUUGCGAUGAAAACAGUACACACAACACCUGAGAGGCUUGUGAUGCGACACACGGAUCCAGAUGUCCUGCAGAUUACAGAGACAGGGCACAACAUUAAAAGGUUGUUUAGUUAAAUUCAGGGACUUUGUUUCGCAUAGAAACUAUUUUUUUUCUCUUUAAUAUCAUAGUAUAUUUCCAUAUAGUGUUAUACAAAAGUCUGAUCUUUUUUCCAGCAACAAAUGUCAAAUAAAUGUUAUUGGAAAUUGACAUAAGCCAACACAAAGAAGUGCAUAGUUAUGAAGCAGAAAACAAAUGAUGUAUUUUUUAGAUAAUAAAAAAAUCUGAAAAGUGUGGCAUGCAUUUCUAUUGGGCCACCUUUAUUCUGAUACCACUAAAUAAAAUCCAAUGCAAUCAAAUGGCUCUCUGAAGUUUCCUCCUUUGUAAAUAAAGUAAAAACGUGCGUUAGUAUGGAGGCAAGGAAGGGCCAAAACUAGAUUAUAUUUGAAUAAAGAAAAAGUUGAAGUUGAAAAUAAUUAAUGUUGAAUCCGAGAGUCAAAUUUGGAUCCUGACAUCUGAAAAAUAAAAAGUAUUUUAAAUGAAAACAAGUGAAGCUAAAAUGUUUUAGUUGGAAUACACAUUAACGUCAAGUUUAUUUAUAAGACACCUUUAACAAAGUCGCGUACAACAUAAGUCACUAUGAAGUUGUGCAUAGUAUUAAAAACAGUAAAACAAAAACAAUAAAAUCUUCACAUAAACCCUGGUAAAACAAAACAGUUAGUUUGUUCUUAAAAUCAUCCACAGAGACGGCAAAGCAAACAGGAUAAACUGAC